ACAAUUCUUUUUGGCACAACAUAAAGCAAGCUGUUCGAGCACAGACAUGGCACCCCACUCAGCCACACUCGCCUCCUUUGACCAUCUUCACUUCAGCGAUAAGGAAAAAAUAAAGCUGAGGAAGCCGAUAGUUGAAAAGAUGCGUCGGGAUCGAAUCAACACCUGCAUUGAUCAGCUGAAAAGUCUCCUUGAGAAGGAAUUCCACAGUCACGAUCCCAGCACCAAACUGGAAAAGGCUGACAUCCUGGAAAUGACUGUCAGCUUCCUGAAACAGCAGAUCAAGCAACAGCAGCAGAUCCCUCAGAGAGACUUUAAUGAAGGCUAUUCUCACUGCUGGAGAGAGUCUGUCCACUUCCUCUCGCUUCACUCCAAUGCUGGAGAGCUCCAGCAUCUCCACAGUGGCCCGAAAACCAACUCAACCAUGGGCUCUACUCCAGCAACAGCCUGCUCUAAACUGAACACAGCUGCUUUACAGCACCCAGACAGCGUGAGGGCCGUCUGGAGACCCUGGUAGAGAUCCUGUGGACUGACAACCCUGAGGGACGGUGGUAUUAACAUCUCUCAUAAAAGUAGGAGAUAUGGAUUUCCAAAGCGUAUGUUUAUAGUUGUCAUCAUAUUGAUCGACAAAAAACUGUUGACGAACACGUGUUCGUCUGGGAAGGAGGUGGAUUGCCUCAUCCUUAGCUCUUAAUGCUUAUGUAUUAAUUCAAUUGUGGUUUGUAUGCAUUUUUAAUUGACUCCAGUGGAGUUUGAUGUAUCAGAACUUUGAACUGAUUUUGUACUUAAUAGUUCCAUUUCUGUUUGCACUGAGGAUUGUUUGUUAGGUGAGGCAUUUUGUACCUUUGAUAAAGGAUCCAGUUUGUUAUCUUGACCAAUGAUGUGUUAUUGUUUGUUUGUUGUUAGUUUUUUUUUUUUUUUUUUUGGGGGGGGCUCUUAUGACAAAUUUUUAAUCAAUGUUUGCAUGUUUCAGACCCCUGUUUUUUUACUUGCUUAAUAAACUGCCGCAAAAUGUGCAAGAAGUACAAUAAAAAGCAUUUUCUAUGAAAA